AUGGAUACACGGACUAGAGAGGAGAAGCAAGAGUGCAGAAACAGUGCCAACAGAGUGCAGAAACAGUGCCAACAGAGUGCAGAAACAGUGCCAACAGAGUGCAGAAACAGUGCCAACAGAGUGCAGAAACAGUGCCAACAGAGGGCAGAAACAGUGCCAACAGAGGGCAGAAACAGUGCCAACAGAGGGCAGAAACAGUGCCAACAGAGGGCAGAAACAGUGCCAACAGAGGGCAGAAACAGUGCCAACAGAGUGCAGAAACAGUGCCAACAGAGGGCAGAAACAGUGCCAACAGAGGGCAGAAACAGUGCCAACAGAGGGCAGAAACAGUGCCAACAGAGGGCAGAAACAGUGCCAACAGAGGGCAGAAACAGUGCCAACAGAGUGCAGAAACAGUGCCAACAGAGGGCAGAAACAGUGCCAACAGAGUGCAGAAACAGUGCUAACAGAGUGCAGAAACAGUGCCAACAGAGUGCAGAAACAGUGCCAACAGAGUGCAGAAACAGUGCCAACAGAAGUGCAGAAACAGUGCCAACAGAGUGCAGAAACAGUGCCAACAGAGUGCAGAAACAGUGCCAACAGAGUGCAGAAACAGUGCCAACAGAGUGCAGAAACAGUGCCAACAGAGUGCAGAAACAGUGCCAACAGAGUGCAGAAACAGUGCCAACAGAGUGCAGAAACAGUGCCAACAGAAUGCAGAAACAGUGCCAACAGAGUGCAGAAACAGUGCCAACAGAGUGCAGAAACAGUGCCAACAGAGUGCAGAAACAGUGCCAACAGAGUGCAGAAACAGUGCCAACAGAGUGCAGAAGCAGUGCCAACAGAGUGCAUAAACAGUGCCAACAGAGUGCAGAAACAGUGCCAACAGAGGGCAGAAACAGUGCCAACAGAGUGCAGAAACAGUGCCAACAGAGGGCAGAAACAGUGCCAACAGAGGGCAGAAACAGUGCCAACAAAGUGCAGAAACAGUGCCAACAGAGUGCAGAAACAGUGCCAACAGUGCAGAAACAGUGUCAACAGUGCAGAAACAGUGCUAACAGAGUGCAGAAACAGUGCCAACAGAGGGCAGAAACAGUGCCAACAGAGGGCAGAAACAGUGCCAACAGAGUGCAGAAACAGUGCCAACAGAGGGCAGAAACAGUGAAAGAAAGCUAUCCAGUUUUCUCUUAA